GUGGAUACAUGUAACGUUUAAAAAUUGGCACCAUUUUUGCUGCAUUUGAGCUGGCAAAUGUCAAACCGCAAGAUGAAGAAAUAAAAGUUUAGCAGUUCACCUCUUUUAAUUUCGCCCGUAGCGUUAACGUUAAAUUGAAAUGUCAAGCCAUUUUUAACGUUAAUUAGGAAUUCAUCUUUAACGAAAACUUUUAACUCUAUCCUUAACUGCAACUUUAUGUUUAAGUGCAAUUUUUUAACCGCAACUUUAUCUUCAAUUACAACUUCCUCCUUUCGAUAUUUACAACUGCAUCCGUAAGUUUAAUUUUCCUUUUUUUUCCCUAUCGAUUAAGCAAAAAUUGCACAAUUUUUUUUCCACUUCAUUUUUCCCCGCGCCCGUUGAUUUUUGCUUAAUUGGCGAGCAGCCCCCGUGGAUUUUUUCAGAUAGGAAAGGCGACUACGUCGACAGCCGAACGAGGAAUCGUCGCGAGCAUAGAGGAAGACACCCGAAGAAAAAUGGCAAUUAUUCUCCCCAAGUUGAAAUACGCUUUGAACGCCCUGUCGCCCCACAUAAGCGAAGAGACGCUGAACUUCCAUUACAAUAAGCACCACGCGGGGUACGUGAACAAGUUGAAUGGCCUAAUUAAGGACACGCCCUUUGCCACGAAAUCGUUGCUUGAAAUUGUGAAGGAAUCCACGGGAGCCAUUUUUAACAACGCCGCGCAGAUAUGGAACCACAGUUUUUACUGGGACUCCAUGGGACCCAAUUGUGGAGGGGAACCCCAUGGAGAAAUUAAGGAAAAAAUUCAGGAAGACUUUGGGUCCUUUAACGAUUUCAAAAAUGAAUUUUCGAAUGUAUUAUGCGGACACUUUGGAUCAGGAUGGGGUUGGCUAGCUUUGAAUAAUAACAACAAGCUAGUCAUUUUGCAGACGCAUGAUGCUGGGAACCCUAUAAAGGAUAACACAGGCAUUCCCAUCCUGACGUGCGACAUAUGGGAGCAUGCCUACUAUAUUGACUAUCGAAAUGACCGAGCGUCGUAUGUGAAGGCCUGGUGGAAUUUGGUCAACUGGAAUUUUGCCAACGAAAAUUUGAAGAAGGCAUUACAGAAGUGAUUUCUCCAGCGCAGCAUAAGGGAAGGGAAUAGCGUGAGGCCACGUAAUGCUUGUACAUUAGCGGGGGGUGUCCGUGCCGACACAUUUGUGUAUACUUUUUUUGCCCCCUUCGUUGUUUUUUUUUUUUUUCCUCUUCUACGGGUUUUACAUUUUUCCUUUUUUUUCCCUCAUGUAAUAUGUAGUGAAAAGUGUGUUAAUACCCAAAGAACAAUUUUGUAACAAAUUUUAAAGUGCUUUAAAAGGGUU